UUUUUUCUCACCACAAAAAUAUCCAAAUCUACAGCGAUUUCUCUCUCUCUCUCUCUCUCUCUCGCUUUUUCUUGAUUUGGUAACAUCUUUAUUUUUGAUAUGAAAGAUAGAGUUUCUUCUCCGGCGAUGGUGAAGCAAACGUGUUUGGUGGCGUCGGAGAUGACCGGCAACAACGUGUUACGGACUGAUUUCGUGGAGCAGGAGGAGAGUUCAAUUAUGGGAUCCCAGAAAAAAGAUUCAUCAGAAUGGACCAACGAGAAACAUAGUUUAUAUCUCAAGUCAAUAGAAGCCUCGUUCGUUGACCAGUUAUAUAACUCUUUGGAUAUCCAAAGUUGUCACACACAAAAAACCUGCUCCUCGGAUGCAAUAUCAUCUUGGAAAAACAAUGGCAACACUUCUGGCCAGUUUAAGGUUCUUCAGGCUGGCCGAUGGUCAAAGAAAAAUUUCAGGAGAGAAAAUUCACAGCUGAAAGAUGCAGAUAAACCCCAUGUUUCUCCAGGCAAUCCAUGGAUCCAGCAUUUCACAAAUGGAAGCAGGCAUGGGGCUGUAGCAUUCCCUACCCUCCAAGAAAGACCAUCAUCAACUGCAAUUUCACUGCAAUCUCCUGUACCUGAGUCUCAGUUGCAUCAAGAUUCAGCAGAGGUGACGGAUCAAAACUUUGUUGAAGACACAUCGAUACACAGAACGCACAGCAGAAAGAGGAUGAGAACUUGUAUCGCUGCUCACGCAAGCAAUGAUCAGGUUGUUCCGUUUUGCACUUCACCUGCAACUGAAAUCGCUGAUACUUACGUUUCCCCAAAAGAGUAAAUCAAGGACUCAUCGGUUUCCCAUACUGGUUAUUGGUGACAAAAGAGCACAAAUGAGAGCUGUUUCAGACCUUGACUAUUCAUAUGUUCGUAACCAAGACUAUUAACCCAUGUGUACACGAGAACGGUUUUGGCAUCUUAAAUGGUAAAGUUGUACAUUUAUAUGAUAACGAAGAGAUGAAUCAAGAAUCAACACGAGGAUGUCCUAUUCGGGCUUGGAAGAUGAAGAUAAUUAGGUUGAUCAAACGUUUUUCUUUUCUUAUUUUGUCGUAAGCGUGCAUAUGGUUCUUCGGCAUCUAGUCGAUCUGUAGCACAAGUAUCUAUUCUUGUUGGUAGUUCAUUCAUUAGUUUGUGGUUUAACUGAUAGCUUUGUAGUUCACUCGUGAAUCAAAGCUUUAAGAAAACUCUUCCAAACAAGGGUUUUGGUUGGCUAUAAUUAUUCACAUCAAUUACUUC